UCGGUCGGUAGUCAAUGGAAGGUUGAGGUGUUUGCGCGCGCACGCGAUUUUGUGGGAUCGGUUAAGGUGCAAGUCAAUGAAGAUGCUGUGCGAAACGAGUUAAGGUGCCGGAGAACGUGCGCGGAAUGUUGUUGUCGUGGGAUUGUUUUGGAUUCUUUGUGAUCGGUUUAUUUGUGGAAGAGAAUCGAUGUGAGUUUGCAGAUAGUGAAGAUUGUGUUCUGAAAGCACCCAAAAACUCAUCACACACACACCUCUGUGUUAUCCCCUUGAUAAGAUAAGAUAAAAUGCUGCUGCCAUGGUUCUUAUCAGCGCACGGUAUGACUCCGAGCGAUCCAGGUUGGUUGGCCCAGUUCCGACUCCGGUGGCGGCCAGUGCAGUGCGAAAAGUGUCCCACGUUGGUGGUAAUAACGCACGACCAAUUGCUCCUCGAAGGGUUGAGUCAAGUGCGCAGGUCGUGAAUCAUAGUGAUUAAGCUCGGAGGGGGGUUAUUAGUGCAAAUUAUUAAGGAGAAAAAGAAGUCAUUAAGUGGAUGCCAAUCGAAGAAACAAGCGGAAUUGUGCGAAACUAGUCUGAGGGAUGUGAUUUAGUGUGAUUCUUGUGAAUUUUUAUUAAGAAAAAUAAGAGGAAAAGUAACGAAACAAUGAAGCUUUUCAGCAAAGUUUUGCUGAUUUCAGUGGCAGUUUGCAGCACCUUAGUGCUUGCUGUCGAAGAUGACCAGAGUAAAGCUAGCAACAGUACCAAAGAUGACACCUCCAACGCCACCAAAAAACAGGACCAGGACACUGACCAGAAACUCCCGAAUCCACUGUGCGCAUCCUGCACCUGCGACGCCCCCCAGAAAACCUUCAAGUGCUCCUCAAUGAAGCUAUCCUCCAAACUGUUCAACACCACUGGCUGGGCCAGCCUUAACGACUCCGGACUGGCCGUUGACGUCAUGCUGCUGGACCGAAACGGCAUCACCGAGGUCCCAGUGUUUCCCAACCUGGACGUCCGAGUGUUGGACUUGAGCCACAACAACAUCUCCGUGAUCGCCAAGAAGGCUUUCUUUGCGUUGAGCAAACUUGAGGUGCUGGAUUUGUCGUACAACAUGCUGACCACAAAGUCGCUGGUUCCGGCAGUUUUUGAGGGUCCCUAUUCGGCGGACGAUUACGAACCGUUGGGGCAGUUGAGGGUUCUCCGACUCGGGUAUAAUCAGCUUCACUCGCUGGACGCGGAUUUGUUCGAGCACAUGCCGAAUCUGCAGGAAUUGAGUCUGGUUUCGAACGUCUUCAAAACCAUUGAUACCUUGACGGAGAAUGCUUUGUCUAGUGUGAGGACACUUCUCUCUCUGGAUCUAAGUUAUAUGGAGUUGAACUCGGUGCCGGGAGGUUUCCUGAAUGCGAUUGGAGAUCUGACUCACCUCAACUUGACCGGAAAUCUGCUGGAAACCAUCCCGGAAGGGCUGCGAUUCGCACAGAAGCUCAAGUGGUUGAGUUUGGACGAGAAUCCCGUCGGGAACAUUCAGGGAGAUCAUGUCUUCCCCGCCCUCAAGUCCCUCGAAUACCUCAGCCUGUCCUACAUGUCCCCGCUCAAGGUGAUUGGCCGCGGAGCGUUCAGUGGGCUGCAAGCACUCCAGGAGGUCCACAUCAGCAACAAUCCGGUUCUAUCCUAUCUCCAUGUCGAUGCCUUUGCCCGCGAAGAUCCGGACGAUCCGACGCGCCAGAAUUGGCCCCGCGUCAAGCGGUUCUACCUGCACAACAAUAACCUGAGCUCGCUGGACGCGCAGCUGUUGACGCACUGGGCCGAGAUGGAGCUGGUGGACAUCCGGCAGAACCCGUGGAACUGCGACUGCGACAAUCAGUGGCUGGUGGAGACGCUGGUGCCGGUGAUUGAGAAGACGACGCCGAAUACGUUGAACAAUAUUGUUUGCGCCUCCCCCCCGCAGAUGGCGGGCCAGUCGAUGGUGGAGCUGCAGCACAAGCACAGCCAGCUGCGAUGCGGCGACAAGUACGGCAACAACCCCGCCGGCGACGGUGCCCUCCUGAUUGGCCUGCUGAUCGGUGUCCUGGCCGGAAUCCCGCUUACCGCGGCCGUCAUCCUGAUUUACCGCCGGGGCUGUUUCGGGCUGGUGCGGCGCGGUCCGGCCGACUACUCGCGGGCCUUCUACAGCAGAGCCACCAAUGACGAUUUUUAAGAGAGUGGAGGUGAUUUUUUUUUCAGUGUGUGACUUAAUAAAGUGUUAAAUACAGGGGAGAUUUCUUUUUAAACGUGAAAAAAUACUCGCUUUAUUUUGUUAUUAUUUCUUAUUAUUUUAUUAGUUUCGACAAGACAAUUUGUCAUUCUUUCUUUUUUAUUUUGUAUUUUCUUUUUAUGGAAAACUUGUUUUGUGUGUGUGUUUGUUUGUUUUGUUUGUAUAAAUAACGUAUUUUCGUUUCUAGUAGUUACAAUAUUCUUCUCUUUCUCUGUCCUAUACAGAUUAAUAUUAAUAAUAAUCAGAAUAAUAGAAAUUAUAAUUAGAAAGUCCUUCUUCCGAAGACUUGCUCCACAAACUUCUGCGAAAAUAAACAUUGGUACUGCGGCUCUUGCUUAAAAUACAGCAAAAAGUGUAUGUGUGUAUUUGUUUCAGUGUUUUUUAUUCUUUCGCUAAACUUCUAAAUAGGACUCUAUCUUUUCUCUGUACAACUCCUUAUUUGUUUUCUUAUUUGCACUAAACUACACUAUGAUUAGAAAAGAAACUUUGUGUUUACUCUUUCGAUUCUGGUAAUGCUAAAUGUGUUUGUUUAACGUGUAUUUUCAUGUUAGUUUCUUGAUUUUUUUUCUUCAGAAUAUUUAUUUACAAAGAUACACAAAACCUUCCCUUGUUUUUUGUUUAACCUUUCUUGGCUACACUUUUGUUAUUAUUACUUUUUUCCUUUUUUUUCUAUCUAACCGUUUAUUUUUCCUAUACAAUUUCUAUUCUUUCCCCAAAAAUAAUUCUAAAAGAAAACGACAAUAACUAAAGUCAUCAAACAAUUGUCUUACAUUCCAUGUUUCGAUUUUUUUUUCAGUGUUUCACCUGUUAAACAGUGACGGCGGCUUUGCUACCAUUUCGUUUAGCUUUAUCAUGUUAUUUUUACAACUCUUUCAACUGGGAAAUGUGAGGAAAGAUGGGUGUGCACUGAAAGUAGUUUUUUGAUCUAGUAAAAAUGUGUGUGUUUUUUGUUUUGUUUGUUUGUAUAAUUCAAUUUAUCUACUAGUUUUGGGCGAGCCUGGCUCCUCUCAGAAGUCAGGGCCAAACAAUUCUGACAUUUCGUUCAUUCGUUCGCUUUCAUUCCAGGUGAAGAUUUUUCUUAGUUCUUUUACUGUUUGGGGUAUUUGAAGGUGACGAGAAAGAGAGAGAAUUCAAGGAUUGUUUAUUUGUCGUUUAAAAUUUAGUUUAAAAUCAAUAGAUUUUUUUAAUUUGAACAUUGUUUGUAGCAACUAAUUUACAAUCAAAUUUUAGAAGUUGCAUUGUCAUAAUUUUUAAAAUCACUUUUAAAUAUUUCUCCAGCAGAAAUAUUCAAAGAAAAAAUAAUUUGACAGUACCACAAAAAAGUGUUUUCAUUAAACAUAAAUUUAAAAAAAUAUCAGGAUUGUGAAAAUGACUAACUUUGAGUUAACCACAAUUAUCAUGUUUGAAAUCUCAUUGCUUUAAUUUCGCUUCCCUCCUUUCCGUCGCGAAA